AUGGAGGUCCAUCCGGCAGAUCAGAGCCGGGCAGCCGCCGGGCGGAUCGCGCUGUUGGCUGUGCUGCUGCCUCUGUGCUGCCGGGCGGCGCCGGAGCGGAUCCGCUACUCCAUCCCCGAGGAGCUGGGCAGAGGCUCGCUGGUAGGGCCACUGACGCGGGACCUGGGGCUGAGCCCGGCCGAGCUGCCGGCACGCAAGCUGCGGCUGGUAGCUAGUGAUAAGCAAUACUUCAGUCUCGGGGAAGAUAAUAUAAAUCUGCGGGUAAACGAGAGGAUAGACAGAGAGAGCAUCUGCGGGGCCGCGUCGCCUUGUGUCCUCAGUCUGGAAGCAGUCGUGGAAAACCCUUUCAAUAUGUUUCAUGUGAGCGUUACGAUCCAGGAUGUCAAUGACAAUGCACCGCAGUUUGAUAGGGAAUUUAUGGCCAUAGAAAUGAUCGAGUCCACGCCUCCUGGAGCCAGGUUCCCACUGAGCAGUGGCAGAGACCCCGAUAUUGGGGCGAACUCAUUACAAAACUACCAACUUACUCCAAAUCCGCUCUUCUCCCUCGUUGUGAGGGAGAGUCCUGAUGGGACAAAGCAGCCGGAAUUAGUGCUGGAGAAAAGCUUAGAUCGAGAAAAACAGAGAAAUCACCAUUUGAUCCUGACAGCGGUGGAUGGAGGGGAUCCAGCCCGCUCUGGGACCGCGCAGAUUAACAUUAACGUGACCGAUGCAAAUGACAACCCGCCAGUAUUCACCAAAGACAUCUACAAGGUUCGCCUCCUGGAAAACCUGCCAGAAGGCUCCUUGGCUUUUCAGGUGAGAGCUACUGACAGCGACGAAGGGACAAAUGCAGAAAUUACCUACACUUUCAGUGCCAUAGCAAACAAAGCUCGCCAGCUGUUUUCUCUGGACGCUAGGACAGGAGAUGUGAGGGUGACAGGUCCCUUAGAUUAUGAAGAAGGGAAAUAUUACGAAGCAACUGUUGAAGGUAAAGACGGAGGUGGGCUGAGAGCUCAUGCCAAAGUGCACAUAGACGUUGUAGAUGUGAACGACAAUGCGCCAACUCUUUCCCUCCUGCCCAUCUUGAACCCAAUACCCGAAGACUCGGUCGUGAGCACAGUUGUAGCUGUGGUUAAUGUUCGUGACAGAGAUUCGGACGAUAAUGGAGGGGUGAGCUGCAGCAUCAAUGGCGAUUUGCCUUUCAGACUAGAACCGUCAUCAGAGAACACCUAUAAAUUAACAAUAGCCCGUACCUUGGACCGAGAAGAGGUCCCUGCAUACAAUAUUACGAUCACUGCCCGGGACCGGGGCAGCCCGUCGCUGUCGAGCAGCGCGACGCUGGUGCUGGAGGUGUCGGACGUGAACGACAACGCGCCAGUAUUCGAGGAGGCCGCAUACAGCGCCUACGUGUCGGAGAACAACGCGGUGGGCGCGCCGGUGGUGCGCGUGGUGGCGCGGGACGCGGACGCGGGCGCCAACGGGCGCGUGAGCUACGCGCUGGCGGGCGGCAGCGCGGGCGCGGCGGCGUACGUGUCGGUGGAGGCGCGGAGCGGCGAGCUGUACGCGCAGCGCUCCUUCGACUACGAGCAGUGCCGCGAGUUCGCGGUGACGGUGCGGGCGCAGGACGGCGGGGCGCCGGCGCGGAGCUCCACGGCCACGGUGCGCGUGUUCGUGCUGGACCGCAACGACAACGCGCCGCGGGUGCUGUGGCCGGCGCCGGCAGCCGGAGCGGGGGCUGGGGCUGCGGCGUCGUCGUCGUCGUCGGGUCCGUUCGAGGUGGUGCCGCGGUCGGCCGAGGCCGGGUACCUGGUGGCCAAGGUGGUGGCGGUGGACGCGGACGCGGGGCGCAACGCGUGGCUGUCGUACGAGCUGGUGUCGGGGCCGGCGGAGCCGGCGCUGUUCCGCGUGGGGCUGCACAGCGGCGAGGUGCGCACGGCGCGGGCCGUGUCGGAGAAGGACGCGGCCAAGCAGCGGCUGGUGGCCGUGGUGAAGGACCACGGGCAGCCGGCGCUGUCGGCCACGGCCACGCUGCACGUGGUGCUGGCCGAGAGCUUGCAGGAGGCGUUGCCGGAGCUGAGCGAGCGGCCGGCGGGCGGCGAGGCGGCGGCGGAGCUGCAGUUCUCGCUGGUGCUGGCGCUGGCGCUGCUCUCCGCCCUCUUCCUGCUGAGCGUGGCGCUGGCCGUGCUGGCGCGGCUGCGCCGGGCCGGGCCGCCCGCCGUCCUGCGCUGCCUGGGCGCGCAGCGCUUCUCCGUGGCCGGCGCCGCCUUCCCGGCCGACUUCUGCGAGGGCACCUUGCCCUACUCCUACAACCUGUGCGUGGCUCCGGCCCGCGCCGUGGCCGAGGCCGCUUGGCCGCCGCCGCCGCUGCCCAGCGUGCCGGCGGAGGAGCUUCUGGGCGGGGAGCCGUGCGGGAAGCGGAGCCCGAGCGGCAGCGCCUUAGCGGGAGAGCCGCACGAAGACCCUGACGUACCGCAGGUCAGUAAGCUCACCCACUCUGUGACUUUGAGCCUUCCUUAA